UAUUAAGUGACGUUAAUAUUCUCUCUCUCUCCCCUUGAUCUUCUCAAUGAAAAACCCUCACAGGUAACACACACUCAUUCAUUGGUCAAAACCACUCCCCACUCUUUUCUCCUUUUGCACGUACACUUCUUAUUCUUCUCCAUUAAACCCUCAUAUGUAACACACUCAACAAAUUAAAAUGGAAACAAUGGAUUUGACCACUUGCAUUGUUAGCUUGUUCUUACUAGUACUCAGCCAUGUUGUCGUCGAAGCCAGAAUUCCCGGAGUUUACCAUGGCGGCCCCUGGCAAACCGCCCACGCUACGUUUUACGGCCAACACGAUGCCCCUAGCACUAUGGGGGGUGCUUGCGGGUACGAUGAUAGUUUAAGCCUAGGGAACGCCGCUAACACGGCGGCACUAAGCACGGCGCUCUUCAACAACGGGUUGAGCUGUGGCGCGUGUUUCGAGAUCAAGUGCAAAGACGUCCCGCAAUGGUGCCUCCCGGGCAACCCGUCAAUUACCAUCACCGGCACGAAUUACUGCCCGCCCAAUUACGCCCUGCCCAACGACAACGGUGGCUGGUGCAACCCGCCCCUUACCCAUUUCGAUCUCGCUUACCCCAUCUUCCUCAAAAUCGCCAAGUAUGAGGCUGGCAUUGUGCCCGUUUCUUUUCGCCGGGUGCCGUGCCGCAAGCAGGGCGGGAUCAGAUUCAGAAUGGACGGCAUGAAUUAUUUCAAGUUGGUUCUGAUAAGCAACGUCGCCGGUGCCGGCGACAUCAUUAAAGUGUGGAUUAAGGGAUCGAAGACUGAUUGGAUGGCGAUGAGCCGCAAUUGGGGGCAAAAAUGGCAAUUUAACGCCGAUCUCACUGGCCAAUCAAUCUCCUUUCGUGUGAAGACCAGCGAUCGCCGGAAAUCCACUUCGUGGAACAUCGUGCCGUCGAACUGGCAAUUCGGUCAGACUUUCUCCGGCAAAAAUUUCAGAGUCUGAUGAAGUACUACAGAAAUAAUUUUUU